AUGUCAGUCCAACGCGAACGCGUAAAAAAUCUCAGCAUCCACCGACCGAUUAUCUAUGGCAAUGUUGCAUCAGUUCUUUCUCCGAGACAGCGUGAACAGCUUGCCGCAACAGCUCCAGACCACACUCAUACCUGGACUGUGGCUGUUAGGGGGGCAGCGUCUCCAGACAAGGAGGCCGCAACCUCGAUGGUCGGAGGGGCAGACGAUAUAUCUUAUUUUGUCAAAAGAGUUUCCUUCAAGCUUCACGACACUUACCCCAAUCCCUUGCGACACGUAGAAAAGCCGCCAUUUGAAGUCACAGAGACCGGCUGGGGUGAAUUCGAGAUUCAGAUCAAGAUAACUUUUGUCUCGGACGCUGGUGAAAAACCAGUCUCGUUCUACCACCAUCUUAAACUUCAUCCAUGGGCCGCAGCAGGCGACCCUGAAAUUCCUCCGCUUGAGGUUGCCGUCAAGCUCGGCUCAGUCCACAGCUGGCAAUACGACGAAAUCGUUUUCACCGAGCCAUUCAACACAUUUCUUGACACACUCAUGAAGAACCCCCCAACACCUCUCGUCAAAAGUCGUAGAAAGCCAAUCCCAUUUCAUCUUGCGCACAUGGAGGGACUUGCUGCCAGUCGAGGUGGGACCCCAGAGUUUACGCAGCAGAUGGAAAGAGAAGAGACAGAGAGACUGGAGGAUGGGCGAAGAACGAUUAUGGCAGAGGAGGACAGGUGGAAACUCAAGCUCAUUGAGAAGGAGAGAGAGUUGGAGCAACUCAAAAAGUUGGUUGCGGAACGAGGGAAGUAG